CUGCUGAAGUACGAGGAGAGGAUUCUGAAGAAGGUGCGCAGAAAGAUCCGGAACAAGCAGUCGGCGCAGGAGAGCAGGAAGAAGAGGAAGGAGUACAUCGACGGACUGGAGGGCAGGAUGGCCUCCUGCAGUGCGCAGAACCAGGAGCUGCAGAGGAAGGUGGCCCAGCUGGAGGAGAACAACGUGUCUCUGAUCGAGCAGCUACGUAGGCUGCAGUCUCUGGUCAUGAGCAGCUGCAACAAAACGGCCCAGACUGGGACCUGUGUCCUGGUGCUGGUUCUCUCCUUCUCCCUCCUCCUGUUCCCCAGCCUCCAGCCCUCCUCCCUCAGCAGGCCCAGUGUGGAGACAGACUUCAGCGCAGUGAGAGUCCAGUCACGGUCACUGCGCUCUGUGGUGGAGGGUCAAAGGUCACCGGAAGGUCAGAGGUUGGUCUCCGUGGACCGGGGCGUGGAGGCGGUGGCCUCCCUGCUCGGUAAGCUGCAGCUGAGGCAGGGGGGGUACCCCGAAUCAGACCCCCUCCCCCACAACCACAGCCUGGAGGAACAGCCCCAUCUCCACGGCGACCCCAUCACCGGUCACAUCGCCACGGUGACCUGGACCGCCCGCCGAGGCUCGCCGCUGCGUCCCCACGCCGACGACAUGUAACCGGGGGCGACGGAGCCCGGGGUACCAGGGCCACGGCGACGGAACUUUGACUGCCCCUGUUUCCACGGAGACCCCCGCCAAAAACGCCACCUCGUCUCCUCCGGGGCAGCCUGAGAGGACGCGACCGAUUCCCGCUCGUCGAAGAGCUGCGUUAGUCCUCCAGCCCCAGUCCCAGAGUGCACUGCGGCCCUCCACUCACGCCGGUCGCCAACUUCGUUUGCUAUUCGUUUAUCUUCGUGUAAUAUUUUCUUAUUGUUAUACUGUGCGUUAGAUGUACUCACUUUGCCUUUAACCUCAAAGAAAGCCUUCCUUCAGUAAACAACCUUCUGGAGGACAGUGUAUGAAUGCAUUACUGCGCAGAUGUGCUCCUUUCCAAUGCUAUUUACAUCAGAUUCAGUAACGAAAUGACCCGGCUCCACAUUGGCUCAGGUGGUAAGAG